AUUGUUAUUAGAUCCAACGGCCAGUUUAUAGUAGCCGUUAUUUUCAAAAAAGAAGUGUCAUGUGUGUUUGUGGAAAAUCUCGAAUUUCGCUUUUCAUCUAUUUCAUACGCACACACUGACACCCUUCAAUUGUUGGGUUUAGUCUCUCUCUUGUGAAAAAUUAAGGAACUUUCUUCUUGAAGGUGAGUAAAAUGGAUGAAUCAAAGGAGAACUAUCCAAGCCUCAUUAGCCACUCAAGUUUUCAAGAAGAAGGUGCAGGAAUGGAGGGUUCCAAGUUCAUGAAGGAAAUGGGAUAUAAUCAUCGAGGGGCUUUAAGUAACAUCAAUCAGAAUAUUGUUGGAGCUAGCUUGAACUCUUAUAUGACAAACAAAGCAGAAUUCAAAGGGAAAGAUGUGAUGUAUGACAAAACAAAUACAAGGAAGUUUGCAGCACAAAUGGUCCAGCACUGCCAUGGAGAAAUAUCUGAAGCUGAGAAAGUAACCUCAUUGGCUCCAAACCCAACUAGCUUGGAAGAUUGUACAAUAAUAGAUGUGGAGGAGUAUGAUGAUGCUAGUGAUGGUCAAGUUCCGAUGUUUGUGAAGCACACUGAAGCCAUGCUAGAUGAAAUUGAUCGAAUGGAAGAGAUUGAGAUGGAAGAUGUGGAGGAACCAGUUAUUGAUAUCGACAGUAGUGAUCUGAAAGAUCCACUUGCGGUUGUUGAGUACAUAGAUGAUAUAACUGCUUACUACAGGGAAACUGAGAAUUCUAGCUGUGUUUCUCCAAAUUACAUGGCUCAUCAAUUCGACAUCAACAAGAAAAUGAGGGCUAUCCUUAUUGACUGGCUUAUCGAGGUUCACUGCAAAUUUGAGCUUAUGGACGAGACCCUAUUCCUCACUGUCAACCUUAUAGACAGGUUCUUAGAGCAUCAAACAGUUCUCAGAAAGAAGCUUCAAUUGGUUGGGCUGACAGCCAUGCUAUUAGCUUGCAAAUAUGAGGAAGUUUCUGUCCCUAUUGUGGAGGAUCUUGUUAUGAUAUCAGACAAGGCCUAUACAAGAGAAGAAGUUCUUGAUAUGGAGAGAUUUAUGGUGAACACAUUACAAUUUAAGUUGUCUGUGCCUACUCCAUAUGUGUUUAUGAGGAGAUUCCUUAAGGCAGCUCAAUCUGACAAAAAGCUCGAGCUCCUAUCCUUCUUUAUCAUUGAGCUAUGCCUAGUGGAGUACGAAAUGCUCAAGUUCCCACCGUCUUUGCUAGCUGCUGCAGCAGUUUACACAGCUCAAUGUAGUCUUUACUGCUUUAAGCAAUGGAGCAGAACUAUUGAGUGGCAUACUAACUACUCAGAAGAUCAGCUUCUAGAAUGCUCCAAAUUGAUGGUUACUUGCCAUCAGAAGGCUGGAACUGGGAAACUCACUGGAGCAUAUAGAAAGUACAGUACUUGGAAGUUUGGAUAUGCAGCAAAAGCUGAACCAGCUCGGUUUCUUCUGGAUCUUUGACAGAAUGAAAGGAUAACUGAACCAGCUAGGUUAGUAUUUGUGUUUUCUGUGUGUGCAACUGAGCAACAGAAGUUGCCUUAAGAAGUCAAGCAUGUUGUUUCUUCUGUUGCCAGCUUCUAUGUUCCAUGUCUCAGAACUGUUGUUUAGUUAGAAAAUUAUGUUACUUUCCGGAUAAUGUUCUGUAAAUGGGUGAUGCUUCAAUGUAAAUAGUUGAUGCUAAAGUCUGGUUUGAA